AUGUGCCCAUAUUUUCUCUUCAUUCGACGUGGACGAUGCGCGCGCUUUUCCUUUUCGAAACGCCUGCGUAGGCGGGUGCACUCCUUCCAAAGCUUGGACCCUAAGGGUGCGGCGGUGAGCUGUAUCGAGCCGUCCCCCGCCCUGGACGUGGCAGCCGUUGGCCUCAGUGAUGGCCGUGUACAGGUGCUCAACCUCAGGACCGAUCAGCUACUGAUCAGCUUCAAGCAGGAGGUAGGCGUCACCAGCCUGUCCUUCAGAACGGACGCCGCGGCGGCCGAACUGCCGCUGCUGGGUUCGGGCGGGGGGGACGGGCGCGUGUGCCUGUGGGACCUCAAGGAGCGGCGCCUGCACCACACGAUGGGGGCCCACGAGGGGGGCAUUGCCAAGCUGCAGUUCUUGCCCAGGGAGCCGGUGCUGGUAAGCAGCGGGACGGACAACUACAUCAAGAUGUGGGUUUUCGACUGUCCUGACGGGACGGCGAGGCUCCUGAGGAGUAGGGAAGGACACCGCGCGCCCCCUCGCGCGGUCCGGUACCAUGGCAACACUACUCUCGCCACCAUGGGGAGGGGGCGGGCAGACGCGACGGCGCUUUGUGUCCUGUCGGCUGGCACCGACCGUUCUUUCAGGGUCUUCCACACCGUCAGGGAUUGCCUGAGCCAGGAACUUUCCCAGAAGCCGCUCGUCAAGGUGGCUACCCGACACCGGGUGACGACACAGGACGACUUUAAACUCCGGCCGGUGUUGUCCUUCGCCGCCAGCGAGACCCGGGCUAGAGACUGGUGCAAUAUCAUCACCUGCCACGAGUAGGAUAGCAAUGCCUACGUGUGGAGCUACGCCAAGCGGGCCGCCGGCACCCACGUGCUGAGGCAAAAGCACUGGCCUGGCAACGCCAUGAUGCACCCUCCGGACCCAAACGCGAACGCCACGUCCGUUGCGAUCAGGUCGGUUAGUCCGUGUGUUCCCGUUGAAAACCGUUUCAAGUUCCCCAUGAUGUCGGUUUCGAUGCUAUGUUCGGCGCGUUAUUCCAUCGGUAAUACCGGUCCCACUAACGCA